AUGGAAACCUGGUUCGUCAUCGUUGUUUCCCUCUGCGUCGCCGCCCUUAUUAGAUCCAUCCUCUUCCGCCGGAGCGCCGGCAAGAACCUACCACCAGGGCCGUCGUUCCUUUCCUCCAACCUCCUUCUGUUAACCAAUUCCCGCUUAAAGUUCGAACACGUCCUCAGAAAGCUCAAGUCCAACUAUGGACCACUCAUCACUCUUUCCAUCGGUUCCCGUCCUUCCAUCUUCGUCGGAGAUCAUUCUCUCGCCCAUCAAAUCCUUAUCCAGAAAGGCGCCGUCUUCUCCGACCGCCCUAAAACUUUCGCUCAGCGAAACAUCUCCUCGGCUUCCUACGGCCCUACUUGGCGGCUCCUCCGUCGCAAUCUCGCCUCGGAGGUUCUUCACCCCUCCCGCGUCAAAUCAUAUUCCUGGGCGCGAAAUUGGGUCCUUCAUAUUCUGAUUGGUCGCCUCCAGGAGCGGAAGAAGGCAGAGGCUGCCGGCGGAAUCAAGGUGGUCGAUCAUUUCCAGUUCGCCAUGUUCUCCCUGUUGGUCCUGAUGUGCUUCGGAGAGAAGCUUGACGAACGACAAAUCAAUGAAAUCGCUAAAGUUCAGCGUGAAAUGCUGUUGAUGGUCGGCUCCGGCCGGUUUACCGUUCUCACUAUGUUCCCAAAAUUGGGGAAGAUAUUGUUCAAAAACAGAUGGAAAGAAUUCGAAAAAUUGCUCGAGGAUAAAGAACAAGUGUUGAUUCCGUUAAUUAAAUCUCGAAUCGAAGCAUCCAAUUCUGUUCCCCAAUCAGGAAACGACCAAAUCGUGGCAUACGUUGACACACUGGUGAAUCUACAGCUUCCGGAGGAAGAAACCCACACCGGAAAUGGCGGAAAGCUCACCGAGAAAGAAAUGGUAAGCAUGUGUAGCGAGUUCCUUAACGCCGGCACAGACACCACCUCCACCGCUCUACAAUGGAUCAUGGCCAAUCUCGUGAAGCAUCCCCACAUUCAGAAUAAGCUCUAUGAUGAAAUCAUUACAGUAGUCGGACCACCACCUCCACCGCCACCACCAGGGGAGCAACCAGAAUCCAUCAUCAACGACGAGGACUUACAGAAAAUGCCAUAUCUGAAAUCGGUGGUUUUGGAAGGUCUCCGGAGACACCCACCGGCCCAUUUCGUGUUACCUCAUAGGGUGACAAAGGAGAUAGAGCUAGGAGGGCACAUGAUUCCAGAGGGUGCCACCAUUAAUUUCUUUGUGGCUGAUAUGGGUUGGGAUCCAAAGGUGUGGGAUGAUCCGAUGGAGUUCAUACCAGAAAGAUUCUCGACCAUUAAUGGUGUUUUUGAUAUAACUGGAAGUAAAGGAAUCAAGAUGAUGCCAUUUGGUGUUGGAAGAAGGAUCUGCCCUGGCUCUGAUUUGGCUCUGCUUCAUUUAGAAUAUUUUGUUGCCAAUUUGAUAUGGUUUUUCCGGUGGACUCCUCCGGAUGAUUAUGAUGUUGAUCUCUCCGAGGAGGUCGAGUUUACUGUCGUCAUGAAGAACCCUCUGAGAACACAGAUCUCUUCUAGGGCUGAACAAAGAAGCAUUUGAGGGUCGGUAUAUACAUACAUCAUACGGAUGUAUAACCCUAAAAUAAGAACACCCUUCAUACAUGAAUUACUCUUUGUAAUGUGAUCUAUUUGGUAUGUUGAUAUGCAUGUGUUUUGGUUUAUCUUGAAGGAGUCAUAUAACACAUCAUGUGCAAUGGUUUUCAUUUGGGUAAUUUCUAUCGUUUGCCCAUUAUUCUUUUUUAUGUUUGGCUUCUUUUGAUUAAUGGGAUGAUUACUUCAUGACUAGCU